GUUACUUUCCAUUCGAUGGCCGAUGCAACCAUCGCUGCGGACGACCGCGUCUUGGUGGAUCUCGGCUUCGAUAAAGAUGCGUCGAAUGUGUACCUAGCGCGAGGGAGGGAAUGGAUCGGAUCGUCGGCCGUGAGCCGCAAGGACAUGAUGUCGCAUUUCCGUUUGGAUGCUUCACUGAAAGCGAUGAGUGCGGCGGAACUACCCACGGGCUGCAAGCACUUGCUCAAAGGGCUUGGUCUGAGCAACUCCCACGCCGAUUUGACCAAUGAAUACGGCACGAAUUUAUCAUUGCUGACGGUGCUGGACGAGCGCGCUUUCGGUCGGCCCAUCGAGCCCCUUCCAGACCAGAUGGUGCAAGCCGGCUUUCAGUUCCCGACAACGGCGCCGUUGAGCAGCGCCACAACAUUCCACAAGACGAGCAAGUCUGCACGUCCAGGAUUUGUCCAGCCGCCCCCCGCCAAGACCACCGCGUCGGUUCCUGUGGACGCCAAGGCUGCGGCGACAGCAGCGAUGACCGCGCAGGAGAAGCUCAAGAAAGAGGAAAAGAAAAGGGAAAAGAAGCGUAAGCGCGAAAAAGAAGAAGCCGAAAGCCUCAAAACUAUCCUCGACCCAUUGGUUCACGACCUGAAGGCCCUCACAUGGAAAGCUUGGCCCGACGCCAAAGGCAAACCAAGCAAUCCGUUCAUCGUCAAGAUUACGAAAGAAAACUGCAAGGCUCUUGGGGUCCCCAACUACUUUGACUACGUCCAGGAGCCCAUGGACCUCACUCGCAUUGGCGAAAAGGUGCAAAAACAAGCAUAUUUGAAGCUCGAGCAAGUUGAAGCCGAUAUUGCGCUGCUCGUGGCCAACGCCAAGCGAUUUAACCGCGAAGGCGACCCAGUCCAUGAAAUGGCGAUCGAGUUUCAAAGGGCAUUCGACGACAAGCUCCGAGACGUGUACCGCCCCAUCAUGGACGAUCUCGCCGCGUCCCGCAAGAAGCUGAAGAAGGAAAAGAAGAAGAAGAAGGACAAGAAAGCCAAGGACAAGUAAGUUAAAACACGACGACGACCUAUGUCGUGACGCGACGGCAUGACGAUGGGGGCUUGAUGUGUCCGGCCAUGGUAUGUGCACGUGGAUGAUGCUUGACAGGCAUCUGGAUUGCAGAUUUGUGUGGUGUGAGCAAACGAGCGAUGUCCAAUGCCGUGCCGUCAUGCAGUAGUAUCGCGGCGAACUGAGGACGUUUUACUGUCGACUACCUGGCGGCGA